AUGGCUAGAGACCUGUACUCCCAGUUCAGUGCACAGACUGCCACGUACAACGUUGCCGAGAUGGCAGAAAAUCUAUUAAAUGUUUCUUUACCUGAUGGUUUUCUUCCAAAGGGAUCACCCAGGACAUCUACUCCAUUUGGUACAGCGCAUGGCAGAGAGAAAAGAGUGUCUAAUGAUGUGGAAAACUAUUACAGACCUUCAAUGCUUGAGGACCCAUGGGCUGGCCUAGAGCCAGUUUCUGUUACAGACAUAAACCAACAAUACAGCAGUGAGCAAACAACAUAUACUGGUAAAAAAGGGAGGUAUUUCAGCUAACACUUUUAAAGGCCAAAUAACUCCAUCUUGUCAGGAAAACUUUGGGACAAAAUCUUUAUACUUACACAAGAUGAACAAUAAUCAAGACCUUAGAUAAUGCUUUUAUUUGAUCACAUGUCCACCCUUUUAUCCUACUUUUUUUUUAUUGCAUUGGAUAUUUUUAUGUAUGGGAGGGAAAAGGAGUGGUAGGAAAACUUACAUUUCUGGCUACGUGGAAGUGCCUACCAGCUUUGAAGAACAAAGUGUUCUUUAAUCACCAGCGACUGAUUUGUGACUGUUAAAACAGGUUUCCAUAUAUUUACCUCUUCCAUGCCAGGUUUAGCCUUUUAUUGUAAACUCCUUUAGUAAAUGGUAUUUUUUUAUGUUUCAACAUUUUUAGAAUGAAGUAACUUGGAAAUAAAAUAAAGUUUUGUAAAUCCUUGUUUUGUAAUGUAUAAAGAUUAUUUUAGGACUUUUGUUAAGGUGUACACAUUAACACCAAUAGUACUAGUGAAAUUAGGUGACUUCUGUAAAUGUGCUUGUAUGCUGUAGUUAACCUCUGAUUUUGUGCACAGUAUUUUUUGUUAAUUGUAGUGUAACAUGAAACGUGACUUUUAGCCAUCUCAGGAAGCAAAUGUAUUGUCUUUGGAAAGUUUAAUUUGUUGAACCAGCUCUUGAGUCAUAAACAUAAUUCUGUAAUCAUUUGGUUUUGUAUUUAAAAAAAAAAAAAUCAUACUUGGAACAAAUUUAGACAUUUCUGGAUUAUAGUAACAAGUCUGUUCAGUGGAAAUUUAAGUCUAAGGGACACAUAAAACAUCAAGAUUAAGCGCAGAUGUAUUUUCUGGAUCCACCUGUUAGAAUAGCAUAGAAUGAAUGAAAGUUUGUUAUACAGUUGACAUUAGUACAUGCAUAGCAUCUUUUUUUUAUCUGUAAAGAUUUUUCAAUUUUUUUUAAAUGAUUUUUUAUUUUUACCUAUGGCAGGCAUCUUUGCCUAGAGAAGUCUUGUUUUGUGUGCAUGCAUGCUAUAUUUUUAUACUGAAGAGGAAAACAGUGAGGUUUUUUCAGAGCUUGUCUGUAUGUGGAAGAUCCAUUCUUAAAUACAGUAGUCAAUAUUGUAAUCUAGAAUAAAUAAGAAAUAGUUACAGCUGUAGGCAUGCUCUUAACAUGCCAUGUUAAGCCUGCAGUAGAUACCUAAAUUUUUGUUGAACAUACUGUUAUUUGUUUGUUGAUCUUGGCUUUUAAGCAGUAGGUGGAGGGUGAAAACUUAGUUAAAAAUAAAUAAAAGCAUUAGUUCAGUUUUCAAAACAUAUGUUUUGUUUUAAGCUUCUUACAUACUUCACAGAAAACAUUUUUUUUGUAGUCCUGAAGCAUGGUUAGGUAGAAGAGCACAGAGAAUCACAUUAGACUGUUCUUAGUGACUUGUCUUUUGCUGAGGUAGAAUAGUCCUAUAUACUUUAUCUGUUUCAGCAUAAAAUGUCUUGGCUUAAUACCACCUUCAGGAACAGCUUCAAACUGGAAGGGGGGUUAACAUGUUGAAAUGUGCCAGCUGAGUCUCUUGCACUUUUAUGACCAUCAUCUAAAGUUUGUCACUUGUGUCUUCCCCCAGUCGACCUUAUUGUUUUAGUAUUCUAUCCAAAAAGGCUGCUUAGAGAACUGAGAACGUAAUGCCUGCUUGAUAUCGAGAAUGGUUAAAUCUUCAUCCCAGAAUCAAAACUGAGCCUUAAAUGGCAGCUAUCAGUAUCAUUAUCUGUAACCCGUACCAGCAAAAGUGAGAUGACUUGACAAGUUGUAGAUAGUCUUCAGAAUUUAUAAAUCGAUGUCAUUGUGAAAAGUGAAGUAUAAAGUUUUCUUUCCUUUUUUUUAACCUUGUCAGGUGCUGUAAAGCUCACAAAAAAGUUACAGGGUGCUUAACCGAGUCAUCUUUUUUGUUACUAUUUCAUUUGUAAUUCAGUGCAGUUUACUUUUUGCAAUAUUUGGUGAUCUUGGGGAAACAGAUACAAUGUUAUUUAAGAGACGAAAGCUAUGACAUGUUCCUGGUUAGACAUGAGAAGAAACUGGGUUUGGAAAGGAGAAAGGAAAGGAAAAGGAUUCAUGACAGAAGAGAGACUGUUAGAGGUGGGACUGCUUAUACAGUAGCCAAUAUCAGCUGCCCUUGCACAUUGCAAAGAUGCGUUUUUCCACUUUGGCUUUGCAGUUGACCCAGGGAUCAAAGCCAGCCUCCUCUGGUAAUAACUGUUAACUCCUGGAACCGGGUGUCAGACAUCAACGAAGGUAAUUGUUCCAGAAAGAGAAUUGAGGAAAUAAUCUUGAAGCGUUGUUUAAUCAAUACAGGCCUUCCACAAUGCCAUCUGUUAAGCUGCUGCUCCAGUGCACUUCAGGAUAUGACCCAACAAUUUUAAGUACAUCAUACUGCUAAAGACUCCAAUAAUUUGGUCAAGAGUCGGCAAGGAAUUAAAAUGUAGACGUAUUAAACUUACCUCAUCAUACUGCACCAAAAACUUAAAAAUGAUUCACCUUUCUGGCUUCUAGGAGAAAUUCUGCAAUUACAGUAGAAUUUAAAGAUGUCGUUGUUGAAUAGCUGUAAAAUGCAUGAACACGUGUUCAGAACUAUAAAUACAAUGUACUUAAAGCCAAUUUAAGCUUUGCCUUUUUUGCUAUGAUAUCCAGGAGGCUUAAGCACUUAAUUUCUCACUGAUUUUUCUCCUUCUUCCCAUAUGGCAAACGUUCUUUUUCCCCACAUGUUUCUAAUGGAGACAGGAUAUAUCACUUCCUCAUUUGUUAAUGAAGCCACUUCAUAAUAACAGUAUGGCUCUGGAAACAGCAUUUAAUGAUAAAAAGUACAUCACAAAUACAUCUGUUCUUCAUGAGCCCAUGAAACAAAAUAGUUUCUGUGUCUUGUUAAUGAAGGGAUUCUUCUGUAAUGAACACAUUCCGUAAGAGUACGGGCAUUGUUCUUUCUUCAGCAGACUUCUUAGGCUUUAAGGUAAGUCAUUUAGCUCCUUUUUCAGAAGUUGGGAUUGAUGCACUUCUUUUCCAUUCUGUUUUGUUUGUAUUGUGUUUGUGCAUCAAGUCUGUCUGACUUUCCAUUCGGUUGUUGUAAAGGAGUUGUGUAACUCAUGGCUAACUUUUCUAGCAAAAACUUAAUUUCAUUUGUGGCUGUUUGCUCCUAUGUUUAACAGUGAACUGCAUUGCUACUACAUUGUGCUAAUAUCACAGUAAAAUAACUUAGGUCAGCCGAGUACAAUUCUGUGUAACAUGGCAACACACCGGGUGGGGAGUUACCCCAAGUUGUGUACUGUAAUACUUCAAAGAUAGUUCAGGUUUGGGUUUUUGCUGUGACUUUAUAAUACAGAAUAUUCAUUCUUCUCUGGUACUUUGCACACACUAUUUUACAUUAAAAUUGUAAAACCAUUUAGAAUGUUAAAAUUUCAAUUAAAACAGGAUUUUAAAAAUUCUUAUCAAGCUACUUCUCGUUAGAAUUAGCAAUAAGGUAUUCGGACGUAGCAUUUUUCUAAUGUCAAAACUGGGAACGCUUUACAGGGGAAAUGCUUCUGGUCAACAGAAUGGGUAACUACUUUUGCAGUCAGGUUGUUUAUGUGCUCUUCACUUUCAUAUAAUGUGUUAAUUAGACAUCUGAGGGGGAACAUUUGAAACAUGCAUUAUAUGGGAAGUCUACAAGCAGCUAUUCAACUCCCUUCUAAAGAAAAGUUUUUGUAGCCUGUUUGGGUUUCAAGUUGUGUUUUUGAGUAAUCUCACUGAUGUCAGAGGAUUUACUCAUGCAACCAAGAUACGUAAGUAUCUAACAUUACAGUCUGAAAAUUGUAUCAUCCAUUUGUCUGUCAGUGCUUUUUACCAAUUAUGCAAUAAACUGCUCUGUUUAGC